AUGGUUACAAUGGAAAUGAAGACAAAGACCACCCGCGUUGAAUCACCAUUUAGCAUUAAUAUGCAGGAACUCGAUACCACCGAAAUUGCUCGACGAGAGGCUCUCGAGGCUUUUCAAGCUCUCCUUCCUUCAAAUCCUGUACCAGGAGAAGCAACGGAAGCUUAUAAGACGGUUGAUGAAAUCGCAUACUCUUUGUCGAGACUUCCCCUUGGAACAGCUCGUCCCAUCAAAGUCAUCGUCGUUGGCGCCGGUUUCAGUGGGCUCGCAUUCGCGCGGGAGGUUGAAACCCGGCGCCUUAUGAAUGUGCACUUACAAAUCUACGAGAAAAAUGCGUCCGUUGGAGGGACUUGGUUUGAGAAUAGAUAUCCAGGCUACUAUGCGAAAGGACCGGAUAUUCAUCGUUAUAUUGAGGCCGUGGCAGACCAACACAACCUCCGCCAAUACGUCAAAGUUUGCCACAAAGUGGUCGGUGCAAAAUGGUUAGAAGCCAAACAGAAGUGGUCUGUCAAUGUUGUCCGCACAGAUGGACGCUCGGUCAUGGUCAGUAACCGGGAUGCCAAUAAAGAGGGCGAGGUGGACGAACCGUUCAACGAGGAAUGCGAUGUUUUCAUCAACGCAACAGGCUGCUUUAACGAUUGGAAAUGGCCAGCUAUACCCGGCAGAGAACUAUUUCAGGGUCAGAUGGUUCACUCAGCGGUCUGGCCUGAAAAGGAUCAACUGAACCUGAAGGGGAAAACGGUAGGUUUGGUCGGAAACGGAAGUACAGGUGUGCAAAUUCUCCCUGCGAUUCUGGAUGAGGUUGAGAAGGUCUAUGUCUUCAUCCGUAGCCGGACCUGGGUCACGGCUAGCUUUGCACAAAAGUUUGCUGGUCCUAAUGGCGCGAAUCUCUUAUUCUCCGAGGAGCAGAAACGACGCUGGAGGGAACACCCAGAGGAGUAUCUUGCCUAUCGAAAGGAGGUGGAAUCGGAAUUAAAUUCUCGGUUCCGGCUAUACCUGAAAGACUCGAUGGAGCAGCGAGAAGCACGUGAGUACUCUGUUACUCAGAUGAAUGAGAAGCUCGCUUCCAGGCCAGAAGCGCAGAAGCGGCUUAUUCCGGAUUUCUCUGUUGGAUGUCGCCGCACCACUCCCGGAAAUGGAUAUCUGGAAGCAUUGUGUUCCCCUAAAGUUGAAGUUGUCUGGGGUGGGAUCGAAUCCUUCAACGAAUCCGGCUUACUGUCCGACUCUGGGGAACAAUUCAAUGUCGACACAAUCAUCUGUGCUACGGGGUUCAACAUGUCCUUUGCCCCCCGAUUUCCCAUAAUCGGUCGAAACAACACGAACUUGCAGGCAAAGUGGGAAGAAAACCCGGAAUGCUACUUAUCUGUCACUGCAGCCGACAUGCCGAAUUACUUCGUAUAUCUCGGCCCUGCCAGUCCUAUUGGCCAUGGUAGCGUGGUAUCCUCACUGGAACGGGUGACGGAGUACGUUUCACGGUUUAUCCAAAAGCUACAGACAGAAAACUAUAGCUCUGUGACGCCAAAGGCCCACAUCCCGCGCGCAUACCAAAAACAGGCACUUGCAUGGCUGGAAAAGACAGCUUGGAACUCUAACUGCGCAUCGACAUACAAGAAUGGCAAGGCAGAUGGCCCACUGAUCUCUCUUCAUCCGGGUUCGAGAUUGCAUUACUUCAAGCUACUUUCGAAUCCACGAUGGGAAGAUUUUGAAUGGACAAGCUUGUGCCCAGACGAGGAAUUGGCGUUUGCCUGGUUGUCUAAUGGAUUUAUUCUGGAAGAAUGCCAAAAGGAGAAUGAGACGGAUCUG